AUGGAUACCUUUAUGUGCUGUUGUACCCCAUACAAACCACGAUAUCGGCGACUCGUCGACGCCAUUUACCCAAGAUCCUUAAUGGAAGGCUUGAUCAAUUCGAAUAUGCAAAAGCUAACGUUUUAUGCAAUAUCACGACCUGAAAAAUUGGACAAAAUUGGUAAAUACAUUGUGUCGCGAUUAUCCAGAGACUUGUAUCACCAAAGAUACAACCAAGUAAAGAUAUCUGUGGAAGCGAUGGAUCAGCUGCUGCAAAGUUGUCACGAUUUAUCGAGUUUAAAUAAGUUCAUCGAACACUUUCUUACAAUGUUGCAGAAGUUGUUGGAGACGAAUCAUUUCCAAAUGGAGAAACUGGCUACAGAUUCGUUCGUGAACUUUGCGAACAUCGAAGAAAACACUCCCGCUUACCAUCGAGAGUAUGACUUCUUCAUUUCUAAAUUUGCAUCAAUGUGUCAUUCAAAUAACAGUGGAAUUUCAAAAGAUGCACGAUAUGCAGGUUUACGUGGCUUAAGAGGCGUUAUGUGGAAAUCAACGACCGAUCCACUGCAAACUAAUAUAUGGGAAAGACAAUAUAUGGACAAAAUUAUACCUUCGAUUCUUUUUAAUCUUCAAGAGGAUGAUUCUGACGAAUCAAAGGAAAAAAGGAAUCUCUUCUCAGUAAUUGAUCAACCCUAUGCAAUGGACGGUGUAGCGGAAAGCCCAAGGGCGCUUGCUGAUCAGUUUAUACGAGAACUGAUGGCAAAGGCACCUUUCGGCUUGGUUUCUGUUUUGGAUCCAGUUCUGAAACAUUGUGAUUUACAUACGAAGUGGGAGCCUCCGCCUAUAUUCGCCAUUUACACAUUCCGUGCUAUUAUGUAUAGUGUUAAAGAUCCGAGUUUUGUCAUUCAAGCUUUAAUAACUCAUUUGGAAAAUAUGUCAAAUUCGAAUGCAUCUGUACGCAUUGGCAUUGCGACGGUUUUAUCAAGCAUUGUUUCCAUUGCCGGUACUAGUAUUGGACCAUCUUUAAUAGGUAUAUUCAAUUCUUUACUGAAGCACCUACGUCGAUCUGUUGAAUUUCAACAAACCGAAGAAUGCCCUUCGAUUGAUCAGGAGAAAAUAUACCAGGAAUCAUUGAUUAAUGCUAUGGGUGACUAUGCUUACGCAUUACCCGACUACCAGAAAGUGGAAAUCAUGCUUUUUAUAUCCGCUAACAUACCAAACCUUGGAAAAGAUAGUCAAUCGUUAAAACCGAGUGAUAUUUUUCUGCAGCAUAUACUUGUAAAAACACUCUUGAAGGUGGCAACAAAAUACCGAACAGGUUUUAUGUCAACAAUAUUUGGUAAUAAUUUCCCAAACACAUUGUUGCGAUUAGCUUUAACUAGUGAUCCUAUCGUUCGCUUAGAUACGCAGUGCAUUUUCCAUACCUUACUUGACAGACAUGAUAAUUUGUCAGUAUUACGACAUUUACCUUAUGUCAACGAUGUUACUGAUUUGCAAUUAACCUUCGAGAAAUGUAGUCGGUCGGAUGAAAUGAUCAUGCGAAAUUAUGCACCGCAUUUACUUAAUGCUCUUUAUAGGUGUGUUUGGAUGGUGCCUGAAGAUGAGACGCAAGGAGAACAUAUGGAUGCAAUCCUUUGCACAAUGGCUUUACUAUGCAUCGAAGUUGGUUUUGAUGAAAUGUUGAUACAAUUAUUCCGGUUGUCUUUUGCGCUACAAUCAAUGGCACUGGAAUCGUCGUUUCAUUUCAGUGGUGCGAAGCGUAUAGCUAUCCAUAAUUUGGUGGCAAAAUAUCUUAACUUUAGCAGUCAGCUGAUGGCCAUACCAUCUCUUUGUCAGCAUGUUCAGCAAAUUGUGAAACAGCGGGCGUUACGAGCCCAUCCGUUACUGAACCUUUUAUCGGAGUUACAAUCUGGUAAAAGCAGCCCCAAGAAGGCACCGCUUGCAUGUGAUGACGAUGAAGAACAAGCGGCACUUUGUCUUGAAGAAGAUGCAACAAUUCUUUUCGAUAUCAAUGAUGUCAGUGAAAUGCUGAAGGCUACUGGUAAGGAUGUGAAGAACCUGAUGGUACCAUUUGUUUCGAAGGACGCAACGUUAGCGCCAUCAGCAUCGGGCGAUAUGAUAAUAAGUAGGGACUGGCCAUUCAGAGAAUAUGAAAAAAUGAACAACAUUGAUGGAACAGAUACUAGUGGAAUUGACGAAAAUACAAUUUCGAUUGAUAUAAGCAUUGAUUGGAAUCAAUCUGAAUCUGCACAAACUUCUCGUAAAAAUACACUUUUUUCAUCAACAGAAAAAUCGGAUACUCCUCCAACCACUGUUAAUGAACUGCGUAAAAACAUAAAUAUGUUAAUCGAUCCGAGUGAACAAAAAAAAAUGGAGCAGAACCGGACGCAAAGAAUUUUGGAUAAGUUUCGGACCCAGGACUUCAAUAAACUUGUAGAAGAAAUGAAUCAGGAACGUGAAGAAGUUGACUUAUCGCGAACUGUGAAACGAUUGCUUCAACGAAAUGACGAUGCAAGUCGUAUAAAUGAAUGCGGAUGUUACAAUAAACCGAAAAAUAUUUUCGAACUAAAAUUACCUGAAUCUUUUGUUUUUUAA